AUGGAAAAUGACUCUGAAUGGGGUCUCAGGAGCGAGGGUUUCGCUGCUGACAUGCCCCCAGAGCAUACUAUGGAUUGGAGCAUACAAGAAAAUAGUGAUAAAUCCCUUCCAUUCAAUAAUGGUGAGAACAACAAAAAAAGGAAAAAUUUUGAUGCAGAAAAGCUAGACAAAAACUGCAUCCAAAAGAAUCCCAAAAUGAUCAAGGAUGACAAGGAAGAAUCUUUAUCAGGGGUGCAAACAACUAUCGACAAGAACCGAACAGUGUUUCAACUGUCCAAUGAAGGACCAUAUGGAGUCUGGAUCAAAUACACCAGUACACAUACCGGUAGCCCAGUACUCAACGAAUACACAGUUGCAAGUAUCCUAUACAAUAAGUACAAAAAUAAGUUCACCGACAUAAGUAAGAAGAACAUUGGUCAAGUUGAAGUUUUGUUCGAUGACAGAGAGGCAGCAAAUAACCUCCUAUCUGACAGUGUCCUGAAACAACAUGAUCUGGAAGCCUUCAUUCCUAUAUACAGACAAUCAAGAAAGGGUCUCAUUAGAGGCAUACCGACAGACUUGAGUGAAGACCUUAUCCUAAAACAUAUCCAGAGUGAAACAAAAGUAAUAGAAGUCAGAAGAUUAAAAAGGAAAAACAAGCUGGCCAAAGAAGAUAAAGAUCGAUGGGUGCCUAGUGAAACUAUCCAGCUUUUCUUCGAAGGUCAAUUCCUACCCAGCAGAGUGUUCAUUUUUGGAUUAUCCACAAGAGUUACCCCCUACGUAAGGAAUCCCAUACUUUGCUAUAAAUGUCUACGCUAUGGCCAUACCAGUGCUCAUUGUAAAGGUAAAGAGGCCUGCAUUAUGUGUAGCAAAGAAAAACACGAAGGUCAGGCAUGUGUUGGAACUACUCCGUGGUGUCCACACUGCAAAGCUCCGCAUAAAUGUACAGAUCUACAAGUUUGUAAAGAGUACAAAGAUCAAAAGGCCAUCCAAACCAUAAUGGCCUUUGACAACCUACCCUACAGUGAUGCCAGACGUCAAGUCAAGAAAAGGUUUGGAGAGUUUAGACCAAACGCAAAUGAAUUCCCAAUGCUAAGAGAAAAAGCCCUUAAAAAGAUUUAUGGUACAACAGAGCCUAACAAAUCAUACAGUAGCACGGUUAAGCAAGCUUCUGCUACCAACCUAAGCCAGGAAACGAGCCCACAAUCCACAAGUUCGAAUACGCCAAAGAAGAGGAUUCUCACAACAACAGAUCCAGGUCAUUUGAACAGAGACAAUAGUGCCUAUNAUUUCACCAUGCUCCGACAAUCAUUUCAAUAA